CCCCAAAUGCAAUUCAUGUAUUUCUUCUCUGUCUAUGCUUAAUUUGGUAAACCACUUUGGUUUACCAGAAAAGCAAAAUAAGAAAAGAUAGUUGAAAGGAAGAAAAGAAAACGAACCUUUAUUUUCUUCUUGUUGUUCUUAAUUCAGAACACCAACCCAAUCUCUAUUUUCCGUCCCUCCCAUUUCUCUCCUAAAAAUUGAAAACCCAGAACACCCACAUUGCCAUUUUUAUCAAUUGAAAUUUUUUUUUCCUGUGCAAAUAAAAAAAUGAAGAAAUCUCCAUCUUUUUCUUGCUCUUCCUCUUCUUCUUCAUCUUCAUGCAUUGAACAAAUCCAUGAAGAAACAGAGAAGCUUAACCUGAAGCCGAAGCCCAAACCGAAACCGAAACCCAAGCCCAGACUGAAACGUGCUAGUCGAGCUAAGAAAAUUGUAAAUGCUGAUUCACCAAGUAACAAUUCAUCUACAGCUAGAAGAAGCUCUAUUUUCAGAGGCGUAACCAGGCAUAGAUGGACAGGAAGAUAUGAAGCUCAUUUAUGGGACAAGAGUACUUGGAAUAGCAUUCAGAAGAAGAAAGGAAGACAAAUUUAUUUGGGAGCUUAUGAUAGUGAAGAAGCUGCUGCUAGAACUUAUGAUCUUGCUGCCCUUAAGUAUUGGGGACCAACAACUCUACUUAAUUUUCCGGUGGAAAGAUAUAGCAAAGAGUUUGAAGAAAUGCAGAGGCUAACAAAGGAAGAGUACUUAGCUUCAUUAAGGAGAAUGAGCAGUGGAUUUUCUAGAGGUGUUUCCAAAUAUCGUGGCGUAGCAAGGCACCACCAUAAUGGUCGAUGGGAGGCUCGAAUUGGACGGGUCUAUGGAAAUAAAUAUCUCUAUCUGGGAACUUACAGCACUCAAGAGGAAGCAGCUGCAGCGUAUGAUAUGGCAGCAAUUGAGUACAGAGGGCCUAAUGCAGUGACCAACUUCGACAUCAGCAGAUAUGCAGACCAUUUGAAGAAACUCCGCGAACCAGAUCUGUUAACAAAGGAGGAAAACACAGAGUCCUCUGCUGAAGUUCAAUCAAGUGAGGUGAUCGAACAGUAUCAGCCGGUUCAACAAGAGGAAAGCCAAUUUGAUUAUCAGCUAGCAGAAUUAGCUGCAGAACCAAUUGUAGUACCAAAGUUGGAGUUUACGCCUGCACUUGAUUUUGAUGAAGUGACUCAACCAAAAGUUCUGAAGUUGGAGUUUGCUGCUGAUUUAAUAAACGCAAAGGAUCAUGAGGAGGAAGAGGACUACCCGUGGAUGAACAUGUACUUGGACGACACAUUUGAUUCUCUCCCAGUUUCCGACUUCUCUCUUGAUAAACCAACCGAUUUGAUGGAUCUUUUCAACGACAACAGCUUUGACAACAACAUUGACUUCGAUUUCUAUGAGCAAUCAAGUGAGAAUGAGUUCAACCUGAAUGUAUUCUCCGACAGCAUGAUCAUCGAUGGGAUUGAAGCUGAUAACGAGGAAGUGAGGAACAAUCUGUCCAUCUCACCUACCUCAUCAUCAUCCAUGUCAAGAACAACAUCCAUUUCUAACGACAUGAAAGACGAUGGAGGUUUGGCAUCUUCGACAAUGUAAGAUGUUUGGAGUAAGAACUCAGCUUGGUGUUAAGUAUAUUAAUUAUAAGUUUGAUAGGAAACCUUCUUCCUAGUUUUAGUUGCUUUUUAAUAUUUCCUAGAUAAUAUAGAGACACAAGCAGAAGGCCUUGUGACUCCUUUUUUCAAUUAGUUUCACCAAAUAUGAACUCCUGCUGUUUAGCUGAAAUGUUGCUUAGUAAACUUUCUUGGUUUCAGUUUCAUUUG